AUGUAUGUCAGAAAACGAAAGGGCGAUCAAGUAAGAGAAAUAGCUCUGGGUAAAUCAGUUCAUUAUCAUUCGACACUGAAAAGGCUGAGAGGUGGUGGCGAAACAGUGCUUGGUAACACAAAGGCAGGCGAAAUAAUCACAAACACAUUACAGCAGCUGCGCCAGUCGGCACGAGAAGCUGUGAAAAGUCUCGGGGACUUGUACAAAACACCGGUGGCCCAAAGGGUGGAUCCGGAAGAUGAGCUUCACAGAAAGCAGCCAAGGAUGGAAGUGAAAAUCAAUCAGGCCAAUACCAAUACAAAUACCAAUAUAAAUAUCUCUAGAUAUGAAACAGCCC